AUGUUUUAACGCGUUUACGAGCUUACUAUUGAUUGCCACAUCUUCGGUUACAUGAUCACUUCUCUCUAGCUACUCUCGGCUCCGAGUGCCUGACCCCGGUGAGCCAUACUCAACGUCGAUCGAUUGGUUAUACAGGUGGUCAAACGAUCUCGCGGAGCUCUUCCCGACGGAAACAGCAGCCCCGUGGAUGAAGCGAGGAGCGCCGUGGAGCCGGUCCCCUGUCACCGGAGAGCAUCCAGAGCUGUCGGAACCCACCGAAGCGACACUCCCUUCCGACCGUGUCGAAGAACGGUCCGGUAAUUUGCCGUCGCUUCAUCACGAACCAAGGCGAAGCAUAUCCACGUGGUGCCUCGGUCUCGUCCUGGCGAUCUGCAUCGUCGAUGAUGGCGCGUUCCCCGCCCCAGCGCCGUCCCAUACCCCGGUCGAUCCGCGAUUUCGUGUUGGCGUUGGCCGCUUUGAGCAACUCGGAGCCGAAAAAAGGGGCAAGGGUCAGGUAUUCCGCUCGUUCAUCCCGGCUCAGUCCAGCCUAGCGAAUCUUCGUCAUGCCAUUUCAACCUUUCUCAACACUCAUCUGGAGAUAUUGACAGCGGGGCACUUCCUCGCUGGCCUGUUGGCAAAUUGUUUUAUCAGAUGCCCUUUAGAUUCUACAUCUACUUUCCAGCCAUUUCCGCCCUCCGCGUGUUGGUGGCCAGGUUUGGUUAGAAGGCUUGACCUUGUCGUCGUGUUGGUGAUGCCUCCGUAUCGCUUGGGUCCGGUGGCGCACCUACGGAGCUUGAAUGGAAUUUGUGAUGACGAAUAAGCGGUGUAAGGAUGUAGGUAGUGAUAGGGAUAGUAUCCACCGGACUAGAGACUCUUAUAGUAGAUGGGAUGAGUGGCGCCUGACAGUUACACAUACCUAGUCUAAUAUAUGCCUAGCUACAGAGAUAUGGGUAUGAAUAAAUAUGAGUGCACGGCGCAUACAUUGGUUUCUCUUCCACUGGUAACCUCCUAUAAGUUACAUAGACUCCAACCCUCCUCAGCCAUCGUUAAGUUUCUCUCCA